AUGUCAAAGUCUAUUCCCAAGCACAUCUGUAUCAGGCCUGUGACUUUAUAUGAUCUUCAAAAAUGUUUAGAUUUAGAGGAGGCUUGCUUUCCAGAAAGUGAAAGAGCUUCCAGAGACAAAGUUGCCUACAGAUUGAAGUACUGCCCAGAGUUGUCUUCCGGGUUGUUUAUCAGAACCUUUGAGGAAAACAAGAACAAGGAUGAUGAAUACGUUUUACCUAACCACAGUUCCGUCAAAGAAGAGAAAUUGAUUGGGUUGAUUAUGGGUACCAAGUGUUACGAUGAUCGAAUUACUGAGAGAUCGAUGGAAAUUCCCAAAUUAACCACUGAAGGCCUUGUCGACACAAGUAUACCGGACAAUGAUAAAGUUGGCCAUGUGGAGUCUGCAUCUAAUAUUGGAAUACACUCAUUGAUCAUCCAUCCAGAUUACCGAGGCCAAAAUCUGGCCACCUUAUUAUUUAAGGAUUAUCUCCAAAAGAUGUCUCAACAAGAGGUGGGGUCUCAGAUUAUUCUAAUUGCUCACGAGCGCUUGGUCCCCUUCUAUGAGAAGCUGGGCUUCAACAACUUGGGUCCUAGUCAAUGUCGUCACGGUGGAGAAUCUUGGAUUGAUUUUGCCAUCCCUAUUGUUCACGUUAACGAUGAUUAG